UCCUCCCCGCCAGAGACAGAGGAAGGCAUGGAGGCGGAAGAGGUGUGUUCUCCCUCACAGACACACACACUCAAGUUUCCUCCGAAUGGCGAAAACAGGCGAAACAGCAGGACAAGGCAACUGCAAACAAGGAGAAGAAAAUAGAAAAGCAGGGGAAUAUAUUUUAACAGCGCGACCGCUCGUCUUUAUUUAAUCGUUUUCUCUGAGAGUUUCGCCUGUUCUGUCAGAAACUUGUCCGCUUCGAAGACGGAAACGGCGACUAAACAUUGACUCGGGACCUUUGUUCGGGGCUGGAAGCACAAACACAUGUCUGCGCUGCUUUAAAGCAGCCUCGCGCCGUCCCGUCACACUCCAGCAGACCGGACGACCCCCACGCCCCGCCGCGCGCGACCAUUUCGUGCUUGAUGCGGACAGGCUGAGGCUCAGGAUGGGCAACAGCAGCAGCGAUCGCUCCAGCAGCGAGAGGUCCCUCAGAGAUGGGCAGUCCGGCGGGAAGGAGGCUCGGCCCAACAUCAUGAUGGACAGCACGGACGACGCGGAGCUGUUCCACAGAGACGACCCGAAGGCUUCACCAGACAUCCAAGAGUUUCUGGCCUGGCAGCAGGACCUGGACUGCGACAGUAAGGACCCAACGCAGGCCCGGCCGACGGUGUUCAGAUGGGCGGGGUCGGCCAAGGAGGUCUUUGUGUCUGGUUCUUUUAACAACUGGGCCACUAAAAUCCCCCUGAACAGAAGUCAGAAUAACUUUGUGGCUAUUGUGGACCUACCUGAGGGGGAGCACCAGUACAAGUUCUGCGUUGAUGGGCAGUGGACUUUGGAUCCGACCGGGCCCGUGAUAACAACCAAGACCGGCACCGUCAACAACACCAUACAGGUGAACCCGACUGACUUCGAAGUCUUCGAUGCCCUCAAGAUCGACUCGCAGGAUUCGGCAGACAUGUCUGACUUGUCCAGUUCCCCGCCCGGGCCCUACCAACAGGACGGAUAUCUCAUCAAGCCAGAAGAGAAGAUCAAGCAGCCUCCCAUCUUGCCGCCCCACCUGCUCCAAGUGCUGCUCAACAAAGACACGGGGGUCUCUUGUGACCCGACACUGCUUCCAGAGCCCAACCACGUCAUGCUCAAUCACCUGUACGCCCUCUCCAUCAAGGAUGGGGUGAUGGUUCUCAGCGCGACUCACCGAUACAAGAAGAAGUACGUGACCACUCUCCUGUACAAGCCCAUAUAACCAGCAGAGGUCACAGCCAAGCUCCUUUCUUUCAGAUGAGAACAAGCAGAUGUUCUCCACAGCUGCUACUUGCAAUGUUUAUUGGAAACAGGACCAACAUUUAUAACGAAGCGUUCUGAGAAUCCGUUGUUCUGAUCUUUUUAUCUGAUGAUCUUUUAUUUUAUCAGCCUGUUAAUACCGAGUUGUUUUUGUUUAAUGUCACUUCAGAAAUGUUUCCUAACGUCAGUUUGUGAAUAAAUCAAUCUUGUUGAGAAAAGUCAAA